AUGGCAAACAUGAUGGGACAAAUGCCGCUACCACGAUUAACGAAGACGAACUACGAGAAUUGGAGCAUCCAAAUGAAAGCUCUUCUCGGUUCACAAGACGCAUGGGAGGUGGUUGAAGAAGGUUUCGAUGAACCGAAGGAUACCACGGGUUAUACGGCGGCGCAAAACAAGACGCAAAAAGAAUUACGGUCAAAGGAUAAGGCAGCAUUAUACAUGCUAUUCCGGGUUGUUGACGAGUUGAGCUUUGAGAAGAUUGCAAAGAUCGUGACGAAUCAGCUAAAUCGAAACGGAGAAAUGUUACCCGAGACACGGGUUGUGGAGAAAAUCUUGAGGUCGUUAACAGACAACUUCGAGAAUGUCAUAUGUGUCAUAGAAGAGUCGAAGAACAUGACGAAGUUCAUAGUCGAUGAGCUUGCCGGUUCUCUCGAGGCACACGAGCAACGUAAGAAAAAGAAGGAGGAGACACUCGAUCAAGCGCUUCAAACAAAGGUAGAGAUCAUGGAAGCCGCGGGAAUGGUCGAGGUGGUCAAGGCAACACUUAUGAAGAAAACUACCAGGAGAAGAGAUUGUCGAGCCAAGCGAAUUGGCGUGGAAGAGGACGCAAUCAAGGGCGCGGUCAAGGAUACAAUUUCAACAUCUAGUGCUUUAAAUGUCAGAAAUAUGGUCACUAUAAUGGGUCACUAUGCGAGAGAUUGUCGAGCAGAAGAAAAGGUGGAAGAAACCAUCAACCUGGCAUUGGAUGACGCAACAAAUGGAGGCAUUCUCUUGAUGGCCCAAAACGAAAAGCCAAACACAAAAGGAGACGGCGUUGCGAAAGAUGAUGGCGGUAGUCUUGAGGUGGUAGAAACUGUUAGAAAUGAGGAGAAGGAAAAUAAUGAGAAGAUAAUCUCCGAUCUUACGAAGAAAGUUAAAAAAGGUGUGGAGAAAGAGAAAGGCCUGUUCAUGGAGAUUGAGGGUCUAGUGGACGAGCUAGUGAGGGAGAAGAAAGAUAUAGAGAUACUGACUCAACAGAGAAACUCACUCAACGUAAACCUGAAUCAAGUCCAACAGGAGGCAGUGAAUUUACGACACACGAUUGAGAUACUCACUCAUGAGAAAACCAAACUGGAGGAAACAAGAAUGCUAGCUGUAAAAGUCGCUGUGGACUUACGAAGGCAAUUGAGUAAACUGAACGAAGCCAUGAUGUCUGAGUCAAGCGUGGCUGAGAAUGGGAGAAAUGAAGAGUUGGAGUCUCAGAUGGGCUGUUCUCAAGAAGAUCCAAAUGAAGUCUCAUCAAAGAAGGACAACCUUAUUUUGCCGCUCAAGGAAAAGGAGAAAAAAUUGAAAAAACCACGACUGAGCUCAAGAAGAUGA